AUGGAGAAGAUCAAGGGAUACAAGGAUCUCACGAUGACGGCGGAACUGGAUAACGAUAUUGCAACGGAUACAGAACUCCUGAAGCAACGUUACCAGAAAUUUAUUAAAGCAAGUGACCAAGUACGCUGGGCCUUGCAGAAUACGAACGCUACCGAGGAGCAAAUCGAGCAAGAUUACUCCACAGUAGCUGAAGUAGAAGAAGAAAUGAGCAAGCUGCAGAGAAAAGAACAGCGCCAAAUUGAGGAGGACAGAAACCGAUUGCUUCAAGACCUGCUUACUCAACAGCAGCAGCUCUUCGCAACCCAAAUCCUCCAACAACAGCAAGCCCACGCCUUACAAAUUCAACAACUUAUGGCGCAAAACCAAGCACCAGCUCAAGUAGCAGCAGCAGCAGCUCCAAUUCAACAAGCAACACGUCUUCCCCAAAGACAAAUCAAGCACUUUAAAGGAGAUAUUCUUGAGUGGACAUCAUUCUGGGAGAGCUUUAAUGCCUCCAUUCACUCGUCUACAAUGUCGGAUGUCCAAAAAUUCGACUACUUAAAAGAAUAUCUAAAAGGGGAAGCGUACUUGUGCGUUGAAAAUCUGGAACUCACCGCAGCAAACUACAACAUUGCCAUAGCAGAGCUAAAAAGAGUCUACGCUAAACCAAAGGCUCUUAUUCAAACUCAUUUAUGCAAGUUUGACAACCUAGCUCCUGUCAAGACAAUGGCAGACGUAUCGGCGCUGAGAAAAUUGCAGCUCACAGUCCAGUCGCAUAUUAACGCCUUGGAAACCCUCGGGGUUCGAAAAGAAUCAUUUGGAGGACUCCUUGGCACAAAAUUAAUGAAAUUGCUUCCUGCAGAAUUGCAGAAAGAGUGGUCGAGCUCUGAAGAAAACGACAUCACAGACAUCGCAUCCCUACUGAAUUUCAUCAGGGAUGAAGUUGACGCAGCGGAGAGGUACAGCCGAUGGAAAUCGGAAACCACAAAAACGCCACAACAGUCAACAUCGCCAAGUCCAGCGAAACCAAUACACGCUGCCACAGCAUCACAGCUGGCGAUUGGAGCCAGAUCACAACCAGCUCCACACACCAGCAAAAACUCCAGACAAUUUGUGCCACCGUCAAACACACCUUUUAGGAGACAGGACAAUUUUAUCAUGCGAGAAUGCACAAGACCAUGCAUUUUCUGCGGGGAAGUUCACUACCCCACGGUUUGUCCAGUGAACCUAAAAGAAAAAAAGGCCAUCAUCGCUAAGCUGAAAAGGUGCGUCAGAUGCUUCAGUGCAAACCAUGAAACUCUGAACUGCACCACAAACUACACUUGCAAACAUUUCCAAGCCAUUCAUCACACGGCUCUCUGCGACAAAAAGCAGACACGUUUUGCGCACCAAACUGUUAAUGGCAACAGCGCCAUCACAAAUGUUACGGCGUCUGCUGCAAGCGCAAACACCCCAGGCAAUCUCGUGGUGAAGACAGCUACAGUAAAUGUAGUAGGCCCAAAUGGCAAACAAACAAGAGCCAUUUUAUUUAUAGACGACGGCAGCCAUAGAUCUUGGGUCACAAGAUCUAUUUCAAAAUUGUUGGAUCUCAAAGUGGUGGCAGUGGAAAACAUCGGUACCAGAGUUUUCAAGCAACGAAAACCCAAUCCAGUGGAGAAGACAAAUUCAGUCGAGCUGACAUUUAGGGGCACUUGGCAGGGUGCCCCACUCGUCAAAAUUACAGCACUAGAAACGGACUACAUUGGAGACACUGGUCCAUAUGCCCACACAACAUUCGCACAAAAAUUGUGGCUGGACAACGAAAGAAUGGCUGACGACAGGUUCGAGACAAACAGCCAGGAAAAAGAUGUCGGGAUUUUAAUAGGAGUCGACCAGAUGUUUGAAAUCAUCCCUAACGAAGCAGCUAUCCAAAGCCCGUGUGGCCUAAGGGCCUACAACACAAAUCUUGGGCGGAUAAUAGUUGGACCUUCUAAAGAAAAAAAUUCGAAAAAAGGCAAAGCAUUGAUCCAGCAAAUGCUGCAAUGCAGUAGUUUCUCAGCCCAAUCAGUAGCUUCAUAUGCAGCCGGCUGCCUUAAUUCAAACUACACUUUUACAACUCUUCCAGAAGAAAAGGAGAAAACGCCGGAUGUAAAGGAGAAAAAGGAAUCUUCAUCUCCCCACCCGACCUCUAUGGAAGAAAUUUCCAUAGAGAACUCCAUUAUUAAAAACGAAAAAAAGAAGAUUGUAAAAGAAGAAUUAAAGCGGCAGACGGACUUUGACCUAUCCUUGUUUUGGAAGCUAGAACACUUCGCCAUUCUAGACGAUUGCGAUGCAGUGGAGCCAGACGAUCCUCUAGGCUCCUUUGGAGACAAAAUCACCCGUCAAGAAGAUGGGCGAUACUGCACCCCAAUCCCAUGGAAAACGGAUAAGUGGAGGCUGGAGAAAAAUUUCCUGAUGGCUAAAGGAAGACUGGAGAGUCUUUUAAACAGACUCAAGAAAACGCCAGCGCUUCUAUCUGCUUACCACCAGGAGAUCGAGCAACUAAGAGUCCAGGACUUCGUAGAAAAGGCAGACCUAAACUACGAUGGACUCCACACUUAUCUGCCACACCAUCCUGUCAUCCGACAGGAUAAAACUACAACAAAAAUCCGACCGGUCUUUGACGGAGCGGCUAAAUCCAAAUUUGGACCAAGUCUCAACGACGUCCUAGAAACCGGUCCAAACCUGAAUCCUGACCUGCUAGCCGUUCUAAUGCGAUUCCGAUUAAAUCGGAUCGCAUGGAUAGCAGAUAUUGAAAAAGCCUUUUUAAAUAUCGCCCUGCAUCCUGAAGAUUCAGAAGCAGUACGAUUCCUGUGGGUAACGGAGCCAGAAUCACCUGGCUCCCCUUUAGUUGCUUACAAAUGGAAGCGAGUUCCAUUUGGACUCAGUUCCAGCCCAUUCUUGCUUAGAGUUACCCUCAACAAGCAUUUGGAUGGAAUGGAGCCACUGUACUCCACUACAGUAAAGCAGCUAAAAGAGCAAAUUUACGUCGACGACUACCUAGGUGGCGCCGACAGCAUACCCACAGCAAAAAACAGGAUUCAGGAAACAAAGGCCAUCUUCCAGGAGGCCAAACUCAACAUGCGAAGCUGGGUGACAAACGACAAAACACUUCGCAAAUUUCUCAGUGAGAAGGGGCUCAUCAACCCCAUUGUAAAAAUCUUCACUCAGAAACUGGAAGAGGGCCAACCAAAGGUCCUAGGCAUUCGGUGGGACACCGAAUCCGACACAUUCCAAUUCGACCCCGCGCCUAUCAUUGAAGCCGCUACAGAAUUGGGAGACCUUGUCACCAAAAGAAAUAUCCUACGGAUAUCUGCAAGAGUGUUUGAUCCCAUUGGGUUCUUAGCACCCACUAUACUCCUGCUAAAAAUCAUCUACCAGAAGCUUUGGGAAGCAGAAAUUGACUGGGACGUCGAAGCGCCGCCGGAAAUUAGACAAACAUGGAUAGCUGCUAUGACUGGGUUGAACGAGUUCGCCAAAUUGAAAAUCCCUCGCUGGAUAGGCCACUCGAAAAGGGUCAUACAAUCAGCAGAAAUUCACGUCUGA